AUGGUGUACGAUUCCGACUUUUACACCACCCGAAGGCCUUACCGCUCUUCGCCUGCUUACUCCUCGUACACAACUUCGAAAGAACGAGAAUGGCGAGAGCAGGAAAAGCAAGCCGCCCUGAAAAAGCAGAAAAUGGUCAUCGAACUGCACGAAGCCAGAUCGAAACAGAUUGAGGAUAUUCGAAACACCCAGGCCAGGGCACUGGCUCGGGAUGAGGAAGACUUUAAAAAGGUGGCGAAAGUGCAACACGAACUGCACCAGAAGGACUUGGAAAAGCUGGCGAAGAAAAAAGACGAAAUCGCCCAGCAUCGAAAGGAGCUGCUCAGGCAGAUCAAUGAGAAAGAACGGGAGAGGAUCAAUUGGCAGCAGGAGCGGUUCGAGGACGGCAAAGCCCAAAGAAUGGAGUUUGUGCUGAAGGAUAAAAGCGUGGAGGAUUAUUUGAAGCAGAAGAUUGAAAAGCUGAAAGAGCACAAUGUUCCCGAUAAUUACAUCAAAGACAUUGAGCGCCAACUGAAGCUGGCGGCCAAGUAGUCAGCUCUAAUAUUUAGAGGGAUUUACCAGAAAUUCUCAUGUGAUACUUUUUAAGUUUACUGAAUUAUAAUAAAACCUCAGCAGGAAACUGAACCUGUCUCGUUG